AUGGCGUGGCGCUGUUCGGGAAAGACGAAUGCCGAGCUGAUUGCCAACAUGCAAUCGGCGGGCCUUAUUCAUUCGCAGCGCGUAGCCGAGGCCAUGCUCCGCGUCGACCGUGCCAACUACGUCUUGCCGCGUGCGAAAGCAAUGGCGUACGAGGACUCGCCCCAGUCGAUUAGCUACAAUGCUACUAUCUCGGCACCCCACAUGCAUGCGCAUGUCGCCGAGCUUCUUCUUUCUCACUUGAAGCCUGGAAGCUCUGUGCUCGACGUGGGAUCUGGUUCGGGCUACAUGUUGGCCGUUUUUCACCAACUGACCAAGACAGAGCCCAAGCGUGGUCAUAUUGUCGGCAUCGAGCACAUCCAGGGCCUGACCGACUUUAGUGUUGCGAAUAUGCGCAAUGACGGUCUCGCUGAUGAGCUUCGCUCCAAGCGGAUUGCCGUUGUGACGGGCGACGGUCGAAAAGGGUACGAAACCAUGGGACCGUACCAUGCGAUCCACGUCGGCGCGGCCGCUUCGACCGUCCCUGAUGCAUUGGUCGAGCAGCUUGCGCGCCCGGGCCGCCUGAUCAUUCCGGUCGACAACCCCAAAGGCAGCGGACAGUACGUUACAUAUUUUGACCUCUGGGAGCUCUGGCAGAUUGACAAAGACACGGAUGGCAAAGUUGUUCGAAAAAAGCUAUUCGACGUUAUGUAUGUGCCUCUUACGGAUGCUGCAUCGCAAUGGGAGCCAUAG